AUUUCCAUUUGGUUAUCCGCUUGAAUUUGAUUAUUGACAGUUAUUUAACUGCUGUCACUUGACAUAUGAGUCUGGCAUGGAACACAUCUCCUUGUGUGUGUGACUCAUUGUAAAUGUUUUUGUAAAUAGAUUUGGAUUUUCCAUUUUUGAUAAUUCAAUCAGAAGCAUUUACCUUUAUAUAAGAAGAAAUGGAGUGGUUAUUUGGGAAAAAAUUGACACCUGAAGAACUAUUACGAAAGAACCAAAGGGCAUUAAAUAAAGCAAUGCGGGAUUUGGAUAGAGAAAAGCAGAAAAUGGAACAACAGGAGAAGAAAAUAAUUAUAGAUAUUAAAAAACUAGCUAAGGAAGGACAAAUGGAUGCAGUAAAAAUAAUGGCAAGAGACUUAGUUCGUACUAGAAGAUAUGAAAAGAAAUUCAUGCUGAUGAGAGCCAACAUUCAAGCGGUAUCACUAAAAAUUCAGACAUUAAGAUCACAGAAUGCUAUGGCUCAGGCUAUGAAGGGUGUUACCAGAGCCAUGGCUAGUAUGAACAGACAGUUAAAUCUACCUCAAAUCCAAAGGAUAUUACAAGAAUUUGAAAAGCAAUCAGAAAUCAUGGAUAUGAAGGAGGAAGUAAUGAAUGAUGCUAUUGAUGAUGCAAUGGAGGGCGAUGAAGAUGAAGAGGAAAGUGACGCAAUCGUAAACCAAGUGUUGGACGAGCUGGGUCUUCAACUAGGCGACACCCUGUCAGGUUUACCAGCUGCGGGCAAUGCAUUGCCUGCAUCCGGUCAGAAGCAACCGGCUGCUGCGGCUGCUGCAGCUGCAACUACUGGUGGCAACAAUGGAGGAGGACUGUCAGAUGCUGAUGCAGACCUGCAGGCCAGGCUAGACAACCUGAGAAGAGAAUAGGUGUUAUGUGAGAUAGAGACGGAUAUCCUCCAAGCUUGUUUUUUAAUUCACAAUAUAAGAGAGUUGUGCCAAUCAGACACCUCUUGUCCAAAAUGUACAUCCCUGAAUAUUCUUUUUAAAUUAGUUCCAGACGUGUGAGAGCCAUUGUUGUGCUUUCUAUGCAUUGACUUUUUAUUAUGAGAAAUGAGAACCGCCUAAAGCUCAGAUGAUUCUGAUCAGAAACCGCCUUUCAUUUCACCUUCCUUACAUGGUUAACGGAUAAAGCCGCCUAGUCAAAAACAUUUCAAUCAAAUUUAAACUACACCACAAUAAGAGCGGGUCGGUAAUCCUUGUGAUAUGGACUUUUUUUAUUGUGUGUAGAUAUGUUAAUCAUCUGUUUUAUUGUCCCUCUGAACAGUAAAAAAUAAUGAAACAAUGUUUCCUGUUUGACCCUUACGAAAUCUUUUUUCAACUCCAUAAUUUGGGGUGGACUGUCCGUCUCAAGCAAACAGGCGAGUGUGAUAAAAAAUAUGCAUUAAAUGCGCAGCAGUGUUGUAUUAUAGUGUAAUGUACUGCUUUUAAUAUAUGAACAUACUUUUAAGUUAUAUUUUUAUGCACUACUGCAAAUAUUAGUAACGUUCCAUUAUGUUAUUUUUUGAAUAAACAUUACAGCAAAACAUUUUCUCAUUACAGUAA